CCCGCUGUGACCUUCUGAAAAGGACAUAGCAGCAAAGCAAGGAGAUCCUCUGACCUUAUUGGAUUCAGGGCUCAGAUGGGAAAGCAAAGCUCAGCUGGGCCAGAAGCAGAAAGUGGCUCUGUGACCAUCCAGGCUGGGAGCAGAGAGGAAUUCUAGGAAAGAUCCCUGGGAAAGAUUCUGGCCAAAGACAUGACCAGCUGGGAUUUAGAGUGCCAGUGCCUCAGGCACUUCCGCUACCAGGACGCUGAAGGCCCCCGACAAGUUUGCAGCCAACUCCACCAGCUUUGCUGCCAGUGGCUGAAGCCAGAAAGGCACACCAAGAAUAAGAUCCUGGACCUGGUGAUCCUGGAGCAGUUCCUGGCUGUCCUGCCCCCAGAGAUGGAGAGCUGGGUCAGGGAAUGCGAGCCGGAGAGCAGCUCCCAGGCGGUGGCCCUGGCAGAAGGCUUCCUCCUGAGCCAGGCAGAGGAUGCGAAGCAAGGAGGACAGUUUCAGAGGCUGUCCAAAGGAGUUAAUGAUUUCCCUGGAGCUGAGAAGGCAUCAUCCGAUCCAGGACAGAGGCUGUUCUUUUGGGGGACCACAUGGGAGAAUGAUGGAGAUGCCAACUUGCCGGGUGGUGGAAGGACACAAGCAGGUGGCUCUGGACCUUCAAGCCUUUGUGGGGGCCUGGAAGCAUCUUCUGAACCACUAAGUCAGGGGCUGGUGACUCUCGAGGAGGUGUCUGUCUCAUUCACCCAGGAGGAGUGGGCUCUGCUGGAUCCGGGCCAAAGGGCUCUGCACAAGGAAGUCCUGGUGGAGAAUUGCAGGAAUCUGGCCUCCCUCGGGUGGGAAUACCAGAGAAGGGGAGAAGAGCAGAGAAAAGGAAAUGAAGGAAAAUCAAAGUGGAGCAAGAAAUCCAUUGUUUCUGAAGGUGCUGAUUUUCAGGAAAUUCCAAUCCCAGAACAAAUUAAUAAAGGAAACAAACCAUCUGAAGAGUUAGAGUGGAUCACAAGGUUUAAGGCGAGCAAAAACCUUCCCUUACAGGAAAUAUUAGACACACAGGAGAAACCACAUUUAUGUUCACAGUGUGGAAAGGGUUUCAAAAGGAAGGACAACCUUAUACAACAUAAAAGAAGCCACACAGGGGAAAAACCGUAUCAAUGCUCAGAGUGUGGGAAGAGCUUUAGGCACAGCUCAAGCCUUACCUCCCAUCACAGAAUCCACACAGGGGACAAACCGUACAAAUGCUCAGAGUGUGGGAAGAAUUUUAGUGACCGUUCAAGCCUUACUUCCCAUCAAAGAAUCCACACAGGGGACAAACCGUACAAAUGCUCAGAGUGUGAAAAGAACUUUAGUGACUGUUCAAGCCUUGCUUCACAUCGCAGAAUCCACACAGGGGAAAAACCAUAUCAGUGCUCAGAGUGUGGGAAAAGCUUCAGGCAGACCUCAAGUCUUGCUUCCCAUCACAGAAUCCACACAGGGGACAAACCAUAUCAAUGCUCAGAAUGUGGAAAAAGUUUUAAUGCUUGUUCAAACCUCAUUUCCCAUCAAAGAAUCCACACGGGAGGGAAGCCAUAUCAUUGCUCAGAGUGUGGAAAGAACUUCAGAAGAAAGGACAAGCUUAUUCAGCAUCAAAGAAGCCACACGGGGGAAAAGCCAUAUCAGUGCUCAGUGUGUGGGAAGUGUUUCAGUCAGAGUGGAAACCUGACUUCCCAUUACAGAAUUCACACAGGGGACAAACCAUAUCAAUGUUCACAGUGUGGACAAAGUUUCAGUCAGAGUGCACACCUUACUUCCCAUCAAAGAAUCCACACAGGAGAGAAACCAUACAGAUGUUUAGUGUGUGGAAAGAGCUUCCAUCGCAGCUCAAGUCUUGUUUCCCAUCGAAGAAUCCACACAAACGGGAGAAACCAUAUAAUUGCUUAGACUGUAAGUAGCAUUCUUUGUGGGUGAAAACCUUAUUUCCCAUCUUAGAACUCAUGAGGAAUAUUCUUCAGUCAGUAUAUGUACUUUAUUCCCCAUUGUGAUUCCAGCUUGAUGAAAAAUUUUUGAAAUGUCUUUUCUUAGACAUCAAAGUUUAUGAAACCUCAAAGUAGAUACAGAAGUGUACAAAACAAAGCCUAUAUUGUCAGAGUGUUCUGGCUGAUUCUGGUCAGGCCUGGUUCAGAUAUAGGCAUACAUUUAGAAGCCCUAGGCAUCUAUUUAGCUUUCUUAUAGCAGGCCAUUUAAUUUCUUUAUGGAGACCAUCUGCUGCUGCUGUUGCAGUCAUGAUCUAGUGUCUGGCUGCUGCGGUGGAAGCAAACAAGUUGAAAUCAAAGACUGCUCUGAAACUCUAGCUGGUACUGAAGGCCACGGGUUCACUGUGAGGCAGAUUAUCCAUAUGGCCCCUAUUCUGAAAUCCCAUUGAUUAGUUUCCAUGGACAGUACAGGGUGCUGGUUAUCACAGACAAAGCCCUUCCAUGACCUAGUGCUUGCAUAUCUGCAGGGAGCUCCCCUCAUCAGAACAAAACCUUCUGAAAUUGCCACCACGCAAGUUCAGCAGCUGCUCAUACCAGAGUGUUCUCUGUAGUGCUUCCUGCAAGGAGGAAUGGCUUCUCAGGCCAUGAAGGCCCCCCCCCCCGCACACACACUUGUUGCUCCACAACACUUCUGUUGUUUCCCAUGAUAUGUGAAAUGGAGCUAUUUGGGGGGGGGGGCACUUAUAUGACUUUUCCAGGAGACUGUAUUCCUUUAGAUGAAAUUGUGUAUCUUAUAAAGCAAGGAAAGAUGCAGACAGAACAAGAGACUGUAUCACAAAGAGUUGACCAUAAAUCUAAGACAAUUGAAAUACUAGCUAAUUUAAUAGUAAAACAGAAUCACAUAUUUCUGCAAGCACAAUUUGGCUGCUUCAUUGUCAGAGGAUUACGUGAGAAGAAAUAUGUAGUGAAGCUAUUCCCAAAAGAAACAUGCACUUGCAGUAGUUCCAGAACAGGCCACCAUAUAAUGGCAAUAGAAAUUGCUAUAGGGAACAGUCUACAUCCAAAAAAGGUGAUGUACUCUUUAAAGAAACUCAGGAUGAGUGCCAGGAAAGGAAAAUCUGGAAGAAAGAAACCAAGGCAAACAGAUGAGCUGACCAUACUGGCAGCAUCAGAUUCCAUUCUCAUGAGUGGUAAUGAGGCAAUUGAUGUCACACCUAAGGGGGCAAAUGAGAAUGAAGUGGCAGUCAAAGGAAAGGAAACAUCCUCCUUGGUUCUUGAAUUUGAACCAGAAGGCCCACAUUUUUCAAGCACCCCACAAAAAGCAAAUCAAGACAUGCAAAUAUGCCAGUUUGUUCCAUGGGACUCCGUAAAGAGUUAUCCAUGCAUGAGAAACACAUAUAUACAAAGAACGUUCAUCAAUGUUGAGGACAUGAAAUCUCUCUGGAACAAUAACUGGCUUGUUGACACCGUCAUUGAGGGCUUCCUACUCACUAGGACUACCCUGGCGACGGUGACCUCCACAGAUGUUGAUGUGAGUGUAUUCAGUCCAUUUAUUGUGCGUUCCAUGGAAUUGCAUGGAUAUACCACAAAUGUGCAUAACUUUGGUAUACAUUCUCAUGUUAUGGCAAAGGACAUCUGGCUCGUUCCCACAAAUGUUCUGGACUGUCACUGGAUACUGAUGAUGGUUUUCUUUAAGUGGAAGAUCAUCCUAUAUCUGGAUUCCAACCAAGGCCUUUCCACCGACUAUACUGACAUGCUUCAAACAUGUAUCGAGAUGUAGGCAGCAUCAGCAAUUGAUUGGUCGGAAUGGAUUAUUCAUGCACCACGUGACAUACCUGUCCAGAAGGAUUCGUUCAACUGUGGGAUUUUUGUUUGUCUGUUUGUACACAUAUUGUGCAGUGGUUCAGCAGUCCCAUUCCCAGAAGACAUGAUUCCUGUACGGCAAUGGAUUGCCACCGAACUGCUUAGACAGAAACCAUUUCUUCAACCAUCGAGUUUCACACAGGAAAAACGUCAGAGAACGAAGCAAGAAAUUGUGGAUCUUCAUCCACAAUUGAAUUUCUAACUUCAGCUGUACAACAGUAUUACUCUUCAUCUUGGUCUCUGUGCUUGAUGGGUAACUUAGGUAAGAAACCCGAAAACGACACGAUGGUUCUUUGUCAGGGAGUAUGUCAGGACUGGUACCAUCUGUCUUGCCUUGAGAUAACUCAAGCUCCUCGUGGUGUAUUUAAAUGUCCCAAGUGUUCCAAGCAAUAGACUGUAUCUGCAGCAGUCGAAAAUGAUGUCAGACAGUCAAUGUUGUCAGAUAAAGUGAAAACAUAUCAGUGUUUGGAGCAGUAUUCCAAAUACAAUAAUUUGGCAGACCUCCUUUUUUAAAAUUUCACACAACUUGUUUUUGUUGCUAUUCUGCAUAUAAUUUGUUUUAUGUUCCAUAAAUAACAUUGUUAGAGAUGUUUAUAUGUAUAAAGGCUUUGCAAACUCC